AUGGAUUUAGAAAAAAAAUCUGCAACAUUAUGCAAUUUAAAUUUAGACGAAGUUUCUUUGAAUCAAAAAUUUAUGUACAUUGAAGAAUUUGGAAAUUCUGAUGGAAGUUUUAUAAUCGCAUCAAUGAUUAAAGAUCAAAUUGAUAAUAAUCAUAAAAUUAUUCUUAUUUUGUGUCAUAAUUCUAUUGGACAUUUUUACUCGAUAUGUAAAAAAAUUGGAUGUAGUUUGAGUUAUUAUCAUAAUUCCGACAAUGUUUUCGUAAUCGAUGUCAUGGAUAAAAUAGUUUCUGGAAAUUUUUUAAAUUCUUCAAAUUCAUUAAAAAAUUUAUAUUCAGAAAUUAAAGGGAAAAUAAAUGAAUGGGGAAUGAAUAAAAAUAUAACUUUGAUGGUUGAAAAUAUUGGAAAUUUAUAUUUGUCCGGUUUAAAUGAUGUAAUGAAUUUUAUUCAUUACCUAAGAGUUUUAUCGUUUGAUUUAGAAAAUUCAACUGUUAUAUGUUCAUUUCAUAAUUUUAUUAAAUGUCCUGAUUUUGUUAAAUUUUCAAAAACUAUAAAACAUGUGGCUGAUAUAAUAAUUACUUUAAAAGACUUACGAACUGGUACAGCGAAUGAUGUGAGCGGUCAUUUAUCUGUUAGUAAAAAAGAAAAAUUAAAUUUAUCUAAAUCAGACUAUCAUUAUUUACUAAAAGAUAAAAGUUUUUAUGUUUUUGCUCCAGAAGAAGACAGAAAAAUUAAAAGUAAUUAUUUGAUACCUUAUAUGAUAACAAAUAGGUUUGAUUUUUUGUUAAACUAA